UAGUUCUCCUUUGGACUCUCGAUGGACUCCAUUCCUUUGAGUAUUAUCCCAUAACUCCCGGCAAGUAUGCGGUUGCAAUCUUGUGGGGCGGACAUCAUAUCCCUAAGAGUCCAUUUGAGGUCCAGGUGUCCCCAGAAGCUGACGCCCAGAAGGUACGAGCUUGGGGCCCGGGACUGUACAGUGGAAUGGCUGGAAAGGCAGCAGAUUUUGUGGUGGAGUCUGUUGGCACAGAGGCUGGCUCCUUAGGUUUUGCCAUAGAAGGUCCCUCUCAAGCCAAAAUCGAAUGUGAAGACCAAGAUGAUGGGUCAUGUGACGUCCGAUAUUGGCCAAAGGAGCCCGGGGAAUACGCCAUUCACAUAAUGUGUGACGAUGAGGAUAUUAAACACAGUCCUUACAUGGCUCUCAUCCAACCAGCGGCUGCAGACGUAUAUCCAGAUAAGGUGAAAGCUUAUGGGCCGGGACUGGAGAAAACCGGCUGCAUUGUUAAUACCCCUGCGGAAUUCUUCAUAGAUCCAACAGAUGCAGGAAAAGCAGCAUUAAAGAUCUAUUCCCAGGAUGUGGAAGGGAAUCCGGUGGAGAUCAAGACCAAAGAGAAACCAGAUGGGACUUACACCUGCUCCUACACUCCGGCCAAGCCAAUUAAACACACAGUGGCUGUCACAUGGGGCGGGGUCAGUGUACCUAACAGUCCAUUUAGGAUCAAUAUUGGACAAGGCAGUCACCCACAUUUGGUGAAGGUUUUUGGCCCCGGUGUGGAGAAAACUGGAUUGAAAGCAAAUGAGCCAACUCACUUUACAGUCGACUGCACCGAGGCAGGAGAAGGUGACGUGAGCGUCGGAAUUAAAUGUGAUGCCCGUGUGAUCAGCGAGGAGGAGGAAGAUAUCGACUUUGAUAUUAUUCCCAACGCUAAUGACACAUUCACUGUGAAAUAUAUGCCGCCCGCUGCAGGACGUUACACCAUUAAAGUGCUCUUUGCAGGAGAAGAAAUUCCUGAAAGUUCUUUUAGAAUCAAAGUCGAUCCCUCACACGACGCCAGCAAAGUGAGAGCCGAGGGCCCAGGACUGAGUAAAUCCGGUGUUGAAAACGGGAAACCCUCGCAUUUUACAGUUUACACCAAGGGUGCAGGGAAGGCCCCGGUCGAUGUGUCCUUUACUGGAGCAGCCGCAGGGGAUGCAGUGAAAGACUUCGAGAUCAUAGACAACUACGAUUAUUCACACACUGUCCGAUACACUCCGACACAGCAGGGCAAAAUGAAAGUGUCUGUGAAUUACGGCGGUGACCCUAUUCCGAAGAGCCCCUUUACCGUAGGGGUGGCAGCGCCGCUGGACUUGAACAAGAUCCGAAUAAAUGGCCUGGAAAGUAGAGUGGAGGUUGGCAAAGAUCAGCUGUUUACUGUGGAUCCUAAUGGAGCUGGUGGGCAAGGAAAACUGGAGGUGAAGAUCUCCAGCCCUAGCCGAAAAUCAGUCCCGUGUCUGGUGGAACCUGUUGGUGGUAAAGAGUGCAGCACUGUGAAAUAUAUUCCCAAAGAGGAGGGUCUGUACAAUGUUGAUGUGACUUAUGAUGGGAAUCCAGUUCCUGGAAGUCCAUAUGUAGUGGAAGCCACUUUGCCUCCUGAUCCAUCAAAGGUGAAGGCCUAUGGACCAGGUCUCAAAGGUGGUCUUGUUGGAAAACCUGCCGAGUUUACCAUUGAUACAAAAGGAGCUGGAACUGGUGGUUUGGGUCUAACUGUUGAAGGACCUUGUGAAGCGAAGAUUGAAUGUUCUGACAAUGGCGAUGGCACAUGUUCUGUCUCCUACCUCCCUACUACACCAGGAGAAUAUUUUGUUAACAUCCUGUUUGAGGAAACCCACAUUCCGGGGUCACCUUUUCAAGCAAAUGUUGAAAUGCCCUUUGAUCCUUCCAAAGUAAUCGCCACGGGUCCAGGCCUCGAGCAUGGCAAAGUAGGAGAAACUGGCUUGAUUCAUGUGGACUGUUCCCAAGCAGGACCAGGUGACCUGGCAGUUGAGGCUGUCUCUGAUUCUGGGUCACAAGCGGAGGUUAAUGUACAGGAUAACAAAGACGGGACAUACACAGUCACCUACGUGCCACUUUUUGCUGGCAUGUAUACACUGGCAUUGAAAUACGGUGGAGAACAAGUGCCAAAGUUCCCUGCCCGAGUUAAAGUUGAUCCAGCUGUGGAUACCAGUAAUAUUAAAGUGUUUGGACCAGGAAUUGAAGAAAAAGGGGUUUUUAGAGAAGCUACAACAGACUUUACCGUGGAUGCCAAAUCACUAGCCAAAACUGGAGGCGAUCACGUCAAAACCAAAAUCACUAAUCCGUCCGGUGCGUCCACCGAUUAUGUUCUAAGAGAUAAUGGAGAUGGAACUUACUUUGUGGAGUACACUCCCUUUGAAAAAGGUGUUCAUACAAUUAAGGUGACCUAUGAUGAUGAAGCCGUCCCCAACAGCCCAUUCAAAGUAGGAGUGACAGAGGGGUGCUACCCUGACCGUGUGAAAGCCCAAGGUGCUGGACUCACAGAAGCUGUGACAAGCAAGCCAAACUUGUUCUCAGUCAUUACAAGGGGGGCUGGGAUUGGUGGUCUGGGAAUUACAGUUGAAGGACCCUCGGAAUCCAAAAUGUCUUGUAAAGACAACAAAGAUGGCAGCUGCAGUGUGGAAUACACUCCAUAUGUUCCAGGGGACUAUGAUGUGAAUAUAACAUAUAAUGGAGAGCAUAUUCCAGGCAGUCCAUUCAGAGUACCAGUGAAAGAUGUUGUGGAUCCCGGCAAGGUCAAGACAUCUGGGCCUGGGCUGGGCACAGCAGUACGAGCAAAUAUCCCCCAGCAGUUUACUGUGAAUAGCAGCAAAGCUGGAAUUGCUCCCCUGGCAGUGCAGGUGACGGGACCAAGAGGGACGGUGGAACCAGUAGACAUAGUGGAUAAUGGAGACGGGACUCACACAGUGAGUUAUACGCCCACGCUGGAGGGCCCCUAUACCGUAGCUGUCCAGUAUGCUGAUGAAGAGAUCCCACGAAGUCCCUUUAAGGUGAAGGUCUUGCCAACGUAUGAUGCCAGCAAGGUGACUGCCAGCGGUCCUGGACUCUGCGCUCAAGGAGUUUCUGCCAGCCUGCCAGUUAAUUUUGCUGUAGAUGCCAAGAAUGCAGGACUAGGACCUCUGUCGGUCCAAAUCACGGAUCAAGAAGGGAAGCCAAAGAAAGCACAUAUUCAGGACAACAAUGAUGGCACCUAUUCUGUAUCUUACAUCCCAGACAGGACUGGGCGCUACCAUGUUGCUGUGAAAUAUGGAGGAGAUGACAUCCCUUACUCCCCAUAUAGAAUUCGUGCCAUGUCCAUAGGAGAUGCCAGCAAGUGCACAGCAGCAGGUCCCGGUAUCCAGGCAGCAGUAAAAACAGGGGAGGAAGUUGGUUUUGUGGUCGAUGCCACAACCGCUGGUAAAGGGAAAGUCACGUGCAGCAUCCUCGGCCCAGAUGGGUUGGAGACUGAAGCAGAUGUGAUCGAGAACGCGGACGGCACUUAUGACAUUUACUACACUACAGCUAAAACCGGACCCUACGUCAUCCACGUUCGCUUUGGUGGAGCUGACAUCCCCAAUAGCCCCUUUACUGUAAUGGCUACAGAUGAAGUCCCCGUACAGGUGCAGCAGCAGUCCCUUAGUGCAUGUCCUCCAGGCUACCAGUCCUUGGUAUCGGAGGCAGAUUAUGCUCCUGUUGGCUCAAUGAAUGGUCUGGGUUUCCGGCCUUUUGAUUUGGUUAUUCCAUUUGCCGUACGAACUGGAGAGAUAACAGGGGAAGUUCACAUGCCUUCUGGGAAGACAGCCCCCGCAGAUAUUGUUGACAACAAAGAUGGUACUGUGUCUAUUCGAUACGUUCCCACAGAAACUGGACUGCACGAGCUGGCCAUUAAAUGUAAUGGAGCUCACAUCCCAGAAAGCCCACUGCAGUUCUUCGUGAAUUAUCCAAACACAGGAAGUGUCUCUGCAUAUGGACCAGGCCUUAUCUAUGGGGUCGCCAAGAAGCCAGCCACAUUCACAAUUAUAACAGAAGAUGCUGGAGAAGGGGGCCUGGAUCUGGCAAUAGAAGGGCCCUCCAAGGCAGAGAUCAGCUGCAUUGAUAACAAAGAUGGCACUUGCACUGUGACAUAUCUGCCCACCCUUCCAGGAGAUUAUAACAUCCUAGUGAAAUAUAAUGACAUACACAUCGCUGGAAGCCCUUUUGUUGCAAAAAUCACAGAUGAUAGCAGGCGGCGCUCACAAGUAAAACUCGGUUCCACGGCAGACUUUUUAUUGGAUAUCACGGAGACUGAUCUGAGCCUUCUGUCUGCCAGUAUAAAAGCCCCAUCUGGUCGUGAUGAGCCCUGUCUUCUGAAAAGGCUUCCAAACAACCAUAUUGGAAUUUCAUUCAUCCCAAGGGAAGUUGGGGAGCACUUAGUCAGCAUUAAGAAAAAUGGCCGCCACAUACCCAACAGUCCUAUAUCCAUCAUGGUUUACCAGUCAGAAAUAGGGGACGCCAGCAAGGUGAAAGCCUUUGGGCCAGGUCUGAUUGAAGGGCGGUCGUAUGAGAUGUCAGAUUUUAUUGUGGAUACCAGAGAGGCAGGCUACGGUGGGCUCUCGCUGGCAGUGGAAGGACCCAGUAAAGUAGACAUCCAAACAGAGGACCUAGAGGAUGGCACAUGCCAGGUCUCCUAUUGUCCAACAGAACCAGGAGUUUACAUUGUAUCCAUCAAGUUUGCAGAUGAGCAUGUUCCAGGAAGCCCAUUCACAGCCAAAGUGAUUGGGGAGGGAAGAAUGAAGGAGAGCAUCACACGCAGGAGGAAAGCACCAUCUGUGGCCUCAGUGGGUGGCCUUUGCGAGCUGAACCUGAAAAUACCAGAAAUUGACCGACAUGAACUGACGGCAAAGGUCAUCAGCCCAUCAGGGAGGAAACAAGAAGCAGAGAUUGUUGAUCUUGGACAGAACACGUCGUGUGUGCGUUUUGUGCCACAAGAGACCGGGAUCCACACCGUGAGCGUAAAAUACAAAGGGGAGCAUGUGCCAGGCCCAUUCCAGUUCACCGUGGGACCCCUGGGAGACGGUGGAGCUGAGAAAGUGAAGGCUGGAGGCCCUGGAUUAGAAAGAGGAGAGGCUGGAGUUCCAGCUGAAUUCAGUAUAUGGACCCGGGAAGCUGGUGCCGGAGGCCUCUCCAUUGCUGUAGAAGGCCCAAGUAAAGCUGAACUUUCAUUUGAAGACCGGAAAGAUGGCUCUUCUGGAGUUUCCUAUGUUGUACAAGAGCCUGGUGACUACGAAGUGAUUAUCAAGUUCAACGAUGAACAUAUUCCCCAGAGCCCAUUCCUAGUUCCCAUCGUUGCCACUUCGGACGAUGCCCGUCGGCUCACUGUCACCAGCCUUCAGGAAUCUGGAUUGAGAGUUAACCAACCAGCAUCCUUUGCCAUACGGCUUAAUGGGGCUAGAGGCAAGAUUGAUGCCAAGGUUCAUAGCCCGUCUGGAGCGGUGGAGACUGCUUUGUCACUGAACUGGAACCAGGUAAAUCUAUUGCCUUGGAGGCCCAUUUAUCAAGGUCCGAAUUUAUCUCAAUAUUUUCUGAAACCAAAUCCACACAGGUUUUUUCACCUUAUUUAUAAAUACACUUUUCCAAAAAUUUUGUUAACAGGGAAAACACACAAAAAAUCGUGAAAAAUAUAAAUCGUA